AUGGUAACAGCUACCAUGGUUGCCUCCCUACGACACUCUCCCGACUCUCACUCUUCUCUACGUUUCUGCACAACGUCCGGAAAUGGACUUCAGGCUGGCUUCAACUUUCAUUCUGGAAUUUUGUCCGUGACGGAUUCGGGGCGUUUUGACCGCAUCGAUGUCGUGGGUUACUUACCUGGUGAACUCAGGAAUGUAUGUAGCAGGACCCGCGAAGCCACGAGAAACAUUCCGCCCACACUGACUCUCAUAACCGGGGAACACCGCGCCGGCUUGUCUUGGGUUGCCUCUGACCUUUUACAUAGGUAG